AUGAUUAAGGCACUGAACUUUGACCAGAGCCUCAGCCCCAAAACGCGGACGCUGCAGAAAGAGUUGUUUCGGGCACUAGUUGUUCAGCUGAUCGUGCCGACACUGUUCGUCUUCGGCCCUUUAUGUUUCUUCUUCAUUUCGGCCGUCAACGGCGCCAAUACCCUCACCAAAGGCGCUAAACCACCAAACCCCAACCUCUUUGCAUUGCAGCCGCUUGGCGAAAGGAUAGCCGAGAAACCUGAGCUUGCUGACCCAAUAGAUGAUGGUUCUGGCAACGCGCAUAAUAUCGAUACGGUUGAACCGGCUGUU